CAAUGGUUGAUGAAGUUCAUAAAUAUGUGUAUGAUUUAAAAGUAAAUCCGAAGUUUCACAAAUAUUUAAUUGGAAUAAAUGGAGUCAAUGUUAAAAAGAUCAGAUAUUUAACGAAUACAAGAAUAAUUUUCCCGCCUGAAACUGAUUCCACUAAUGAAAAUAUAACUAUUGUUGGUAAAAAAGAGAAUGUUAAUAAAGCAAAAGCAAAAUUUGAAGUUAUGAUAACCGAUAUUGAUAAUGUCAUCAAAGAACAUGUAAAAAUCAAUGAAAAAUAUCAUGGCACUUUAAUGGUCAUUCAAAAAGAAUGUUUACACAAAAGCUUGCGUUAAGUACAACCAAUUGUUUGUUUUGAUUUUUGGUAAAAAUAAAUAAUAAAAACUUUUUUUUUUUUCAAAAUCUCA